GGAACCGGAAGCAGCGUGCAUUUUCACGGUCAGCCGGAGAAUCAGUCAGCCGAAAAUGUUGCGAAUAACAAUUCGGGCUGAAUUAAGUACUCUUUGGGUCUUGUUUUGGAUCACAUAUUCUCAAUUUUCGGUCGUGUCCUCUGAUGAGAUCGUGGUUGCAUGUGGGGGGUUUGUGAAGUCCGACGUUGAAAUCAAUUACUCAUUGAUUGAGAUUAAACUCUACACCAAACAAGGCUCCUUGAAAUACCACACUGACUGUGCUCCAAAUAAUGGCUACUUUACGAUUCCUCUUUAUGACAAGGGCGAUUUUGUUUUGAAGAUUGAACCGCCUCUUGGGUGGAGCUUUGAGCCCACCAGUGUAGAUCUCCAUGUGGAUGGCGUCACUGACAUAUGUAAAAAAGAAGAGGACAUCAACUUUGUUUUUACCGGCUUUUCAAUAUCGGGAAUGGUUUUGAGUAAAGGACAUCUCCUUGGACCAACUGGAGUAGAAGUUAAAUUGAGCAGAGCCGGAACAGACGAGAAACUCCAGACUGUCAUUACCCAGCCUGGAGGAGCGUAUACAUUUCACAAAGUGCUCCCUGGAACAUAUGACAUCGUUGCUUCCCAUCCUUCCUGGGUUCUGGAGAAGAGUACCACAACUGUGCACAUUUCCACUGCCAAUGCGCCGGCCGCUGACCAUCUGGUGGUCGGAGGCUACGAUGUCUCGGGUGAAGUCCGCAGUGACGGGGAGCCCAUGAAUGAGGUCACCUUCCUGCUUUACUCGGCCAUCGUCAAAAGAGAGAAUGUGAAAGGUUGCAACUUUUCUCCUGUGGAGGGUGCAGACUCUGGGGACAGUUCCCUCAUCUACCUGUGUAGUGCCAUCUCCGGGGAGGAUGGCACCUUUACCUUCCCCUCACUAUCUAGUGGGGAGUACACUGUGGUGCCCUUUUACAGAGGAGAAAGGAUCACUUUUGAUGUUGCGCCUUCCCGAAUGAAUUUCAAGGUGGAGCACAAUAGUUUGACGCUAGAGCCCAUCUUUCGUGUCAUGGGUUUUUCUGUGACUGGCCGGGUCCUUAAUAGUGUUGAUGGGGAAGGCGUAGUUAAUGCCGCGGUGUCUAUCAACAAUCAGAUUAAAGUUGUCAGCAAAGAGGAUGGCUCUUACAGGCUGGAGAACAUGACAGCUGGUACUUACACCAUCCGUGUCCACAAGGAUCUCAUGUUUUUUGAGCCAGUAACUGUGAAAAUUGCCCCCAACACUCCACAACUUCCUGACAUCAUCACUGCAGGGUUCAGCGUUUGCGGACUGAUCUCUAUCAGCCGUCUGCCCGAGGGCAUGAAGCAAGGUCGCUACAAGGUCACCUUGACACACCAGGGCCAAGAUAAGAGCUCAGGCCGGAUCACUGACUCGGACACCCAGGGAGCCUUCUGCUUUCAGGCGAAACCUGGAGACUACAGUGUCCAUGUGUCUCUCCCUGAGGUUGAUGUGAAAGCGGGCCUGGCUCUGCAGCCUCAGGCCCUGGAGUUCUCAGUUGUGGACCAGCCGCUCACAGAUCUUCUUUUUACCCAGUUCAUGGCCUCUGUCUCUGGAAAAGUCUACUGUUUGGCAUCUUGUGAUGACCUGUCAGUCACACUCCAACCAGUAAGCCGUCAAGGAGAGAGAAGGACGAUGCCUUUGACGGGCAGCAGUGAUAUCCUCAGUUUCUCCUUUGACAAUGUUCUACCUGGGAAAUAUAAAGUAAGCAUCUCUCACGAGGAAUGGUGUUGGAAACAUAAAUCCAUGGAAGUCGAGGUUGAGGACGCUGACAUCUUGGGGGUCGAGUUCCGACAGAUUGGCUACAUCCUACGCUGUUCCCUCUCCCAUGCCAUCACUUUGGAGUUCUUUCAGGAUGGCAGCAAACCUGAGAAUGUGGGCAUCUACAAUCUCUCCAAGGGAGUCAACCGUUUUUGCCUCUCCAAACCUGGCGUGUACAAAGUCACCCCUCGCUCCUGCCACCAGUUCGAGCAGGAUUUUUACAUUUAUGAUACUUCAGCACCCAGCAUCCUGACUCUUACUGCAGUACGGCAUCACAUGACGGGGCUUAUCACCACUGACAAGAUCUUAGACGUCACAGUCACCAUCAGAUCAUCUAUUGAGAGUGAGCCAGCGCUGGUUCUUGGCCCCUUGCGAAGUCUGGAGGAGCAGCGGCAGGAGCAGCAGCUGCAGGAGAUACAGUUGCGGCGCCAAGAACGAGAACGGCGUGCUGCUGAAGAGGAAGGGGCGGCCAAGGAUGAUAGUCCUCCGAUCCAAGAAAAGGCUGACGAGCUGACAGGGCCCUUCCACUAUGAGUUCUCCUACUGGGCCAGGGCUGGAGAGAAAAUUACAGUGACUCCCUCCUCCAAGGAGCUGCUCUUCUACCCCCCUGAAGUGGAGGCCACGAUCACAGGAGAGUCAUGUCCUGGUCGCAUGGUGGACAUCAUGGGUCGUGCAGGGCUCUUCCUGGAGGGCAAAGUGUCACCGGAGCUCCAAGGUGUAGAGGUCUCCAUUAGUGAAAGGGGAGCUGCUACACCACUCAUCACUGUGGCCACCAAUGAGAAUGGUGCAUACAGUGUGGGUCCACUUCACAGUGACAGGCAGUAUGACAUCAGUGCCAGUAAAGAGGGUUUUGUCCUGAGUCACAUGGAAGGAACCCAGGGAGAUUUCAAGGCUUUUGCUCUGGCUGGAAUCACCUUCAAGAUAAAAUCUGAGGACGGUCAUCCGUUGUCGGGAGUCCUUCUGUCUCUAAGUGGCGGACAAUUUCGUUCCAACCUGUUGACUCAGGACACCGGCCUCCUCACAUUCAAUAACCUGAGUCCAGGUGGGUACUAUUUCAAGCCCAUGAUGAAAGAAUUCCGCUUUGAGCCAGCAUCCCAGAUGAUUACGGUGGAAGAGGGUCAAAUCCUCAGUAUCGAUAUAACUGGAAUUAAGACCGCGUAUAGCUGUUACGGAGCAGUGCAGUCUUUGAGUGGUGAUGCGGAGAGGGACGUUGCCGUGGAAGCGGUGGGUCAAGGAGACUGUAGCAUCUACAGUGAGGACACUGUCACUGAUGAGGAAGGUCGCUUCAGACUUCGAGGUCUGCUGCCUGGUUGCAAGUACCUGAUUCAACUGCGAGCUGAAGGCAACGACCACAUAGAGAGAGCCUUACCCCAACAAAGAGCCAUCGAGGUCGGCAGCAGUGACGUUGAGGGAGUCAACAUCAUCGCCUUCCGACAAAUCAAUCAGUUUGACCUUAGCGGGAAUGUCAUUACAUCCCCAGAACAUCUCACAACUUUAUCGGUAAAGCUAUACAGGAGUGACAAUUUGGACAACCCCCUCCACAGUGUUUCACUGGGCCAGUCCCUCUUCUUCCAUUUCCCCCCACUGGACCGGGAUGGAGAGGGCUACAUUCUGAUGCUGUACUCCACACUGUCCCGCACGCAGCAUGACUUCACUCUACCUCAGGUCUCCUUUACUUCCACCGGAUACCACAAGCACGUCACCCUCACCUUCAACCCAACUCGCAAAGUGCCAGACCAAGAUAUUGCCCAGGGCUCCUACAUUGCUCUACCCCUCACUUUGCUACUUCUAUUAGCAGCAUACAACCAUGAAAAGGUCAUUCCCUUCCUCCAACAGACGAUGAAUCGUAUUCAAGGUGUAAGGAGCAUGGCCCAGGCCACCGGCGAGAGUGCUGUCUUGGAUGAAGCCAAACGUCAGGCCAAGAGGCAGAAAGCCCGACGGACAUGAGACAGAACUCACUUUCCCAGCACAUUUUUACAGUCUGCUUAGCAUCAUGGCCACUGUUCGUCAAGUCAGUUUGGGUGCACAAAAUCUUCAGCGUUGCGUCUAUUCCAAGUUUAAGUCAAUGCAUUUGACUCUUCAAUAGGUUAGUCGACUAUCUAGUAAAAUGUGUUUUAUUUAAAAGAAGCCCCCCCAAAAAACUACCCUACAAUACCCUCAUCGGCUUCUCAAAUGCACUGGAGUGAAUUUUUUUUGGGGGGCGUGGGGGGGGGGUCAUUUAAUUAAUUGUUUAACACAUUUGUGAUCAAAUUAUGUACAUGUACUUCAUUUAGAUAAUGCAAAUUGGUUUGUUGCUCCCGGUAUUUAAAAAGACUUGAUUAUGUGUCUAGUCUGCCAUCGGGGUCAGUAGUUAUUAAGGACUUGAGCAUGUCAUGUGGCAUCUCAGCCCACAACAUUAAAAAAAAAAAAAACAAACAAACUACUUAACAGUAGGUACCUGUGAUUCCACGUUGUGGAUUCCUUUUCCUCUAAAUUCUCUCAUGUUGUUUUUGUAACGUAGACCACAAAAUACAAUAACGAUUCAGUGAGUGGUAGGCUGAAGGGGAAUUUUUUAGAAAACUUUCUGAGAAAUUUAACUUGAUAGAAAUGGAACUAUUCAAUUGGUUACACUUUUGGAGAAAGUUAAAUGGUAAUGCAGUUUUUCAUUUUCCUCCCAAACUCGCGUAUUGCUGUUGUCGAGCAGAUUCUUCACAUGUACAAAACCGUCACUUUUCAGGAAAACAAAACAUACAGUAUCAUUGUUUAGCCAUUACCAUUGCAUCGUCAAACCGGGUGAGCCCUUUUCAACAAAUAAGAUUGGUCAGUAAAUUGUAAUUAAUAAAUAAAUAACCGACCCACGUGAGGACUGACCGGUAGUACUGAUUUGUGAAAAAAAUAUGAAAUGAACCACUUUGACACAGGUUUCCACCUGACAGUGAUAUUAUACACAAAGAAUCAUCAUAAUUUAGUGUUAGAGAACUUUGGAAAUUCCUGGAAAUUGGCAACCAUGGUGAGUGGCAUUUAGCCAAUGCCUCAUCACAAAUAGACAUUACAGGUUUGACAGACACAUUCUCGUGAUGCACUGUGUUUAACUGUCAGGUUAUUCAUAGAAACAGAAAAUGAAGAUGUUGAUUUUGA